CCUACCUACACUACACUACACUCUCACCACCACAUCUCAACCAAAUUACCUCGGGGACGAGACGAGGAGCGAAAACAAUGAUCCAACCGCGUCUCCUAGCGCCCCUCCGGGCCCUGGAACGUUCCAUCCCCAGCAUCCUACGCACCACAACACCCAGAACCGCCCUCAACCUCAACACAACUCUCCUCCGCACCACCCUCUCCACACCCACUCCCCUCCAACAACAAAUAAGACAAGCCUCCCACGCCACCCAAGGAACCGCAAACCGCCACUCGCGCGACCCCGCCGGAAAACGUCUCGGCGCGAAACGCACCUCCGGAGAAUACGUCGUGCCCGGAUGCAUUAUUUUCCGGCAACGAGGCACGAAAUGGUUCCCUGGGGAGAACUGCGCCAUGGGGAGAGAUCAUACCAUCUAUGCAGCGGAGGCUGGGUAUGUGCGGUACUACCUGGAUCCGGAACGGCAUUCGGAGAGGAAGUAUAUUGGGGUGGUGUUUGAGAAGGAUGGGAAGUUGCCGGUGCCGAGGAAUGCGCCGAGUAGGAGGAGAUUGGGGAGGGUGAAUGUGAAAUUUGAGGUUGAGGGGGAGGGAGUGCAGAAGAAGGAGGAGGGGGAUUUGGUGGCGGAGGUUGGUGUUGGGAAGAAGGUGGAGGAUGGAGGUGUGGUUGUGGGGAGUGUUGCGAAGGAGGAGAUGCAGACUGAUGGUGGAGUUCAGUUGAGACCUGGGUAUAUGUACCGUGAGGCGAAUUGGGUGAUUGGUCGCGCGGCGGAGAAAGCGGGCAUUACGGCCAAGGUGUAUAGGAGGAAGAAUCGGUGGUUGGCGUGGAGGAAGAGGACGGCCAAGUCGGAGAGAAUGGCGCAGAUGAAGAGUUUGAAGAAUAAGAAGAAGGGGGCUAAGAAGGCGAAGAAAUAGAUUUGAUUGAUUGAUUCGGUUGGGGAUGGGAUGUGUUAUAUUGUUUGGGUUCGGGUUCUUUGUCUGGAUGGAUGUAUGUAUUAUAACAUGUUUGAUGUGCAAUUACUUUUCGGUG